AUGGAAGCAUACAAGAAGGUUUUGAUUGUGGGAAUGUUGCUGGUCAUUGCUAAUACUAUGUUUGCUAAUGGUGUGACAAUCUGUAACAUGACAAGAGACGAGCGAAAGGCAUGCGAGCCUUAUGUGAGUAACGAGAAGAAUUACACGCAUGUUAGUUAUAAAGUUCCAUCCCAUGCUUGCUGUUCUGCUACUGCCAAUGCUGAUCUUCAAUGCUUCUGUGGUUAUAAGGAUUCAGGGUUGCUUUCUUUAUAUGGUAUUAAUCCUAAACAAGCCUUGGAACUUCCUGUUAAGUGUAAGAUUGUGGACGCUUUCCAUUGCAAGUGA